AAGGCAAAGCCGGUCGUUUCAACUUCUAACUACUCCCCUCCGAUGUAUAGUCGACCAACUGCGCCGCUGCCAUACCGCUGACGGGAGUUCGAACCGAUUCGGGACUUCAGUCUACUCAGGUUGACGAUUUCAACUGGACGACGACCGAAGCGAUAAGAACGAUUCUAUUAACACUGGAACGUUACGCGUAUAUCCGCGCUCUUCGUAUCCGCAGUGAAUUUGAUUUCCGAUAAUAAUAAUCCCUACGGGAAUCUCAAAGAGGACAUUACCGUUUACGGUACUCCCUUAUCGCGCCGGAUCAAAUGUGUGAAGAUUGGUGAAAAAAAUAUUUGAAAAAACAAUCGAUCGAAUCGAAUAAAAAAAAUUAAAAAACCAACCGUAUCUCAAUUCAAAUUAAAGGAUAAACGAAUAAAUUUUGAUAAAUAAAUAAGUGAAGCAAGAAGAGAUCGCGAUAUAUGGAACCACCCCAUGGAUAGUAACAUGUCUACAGCCUUCGCGCAUCGGGGCAGCAGCGGGUCAGCGAGCACUUCGAGCAGCGGAACCGGAACUGGAACUGGUUCCGGAGGGCGAGUUGCAGUAGUUGGCGUCACAAGGAGCGUCCGGUUGAGAAAACGGGGUUCAUCUGGGUUCGGAUUCUCGCUGCGUGGAGGCCGUGAACAUGCCGCUGGCUUCUUUGUCAGCGAAGUACAGCCCGGCGGAGAAGCUCAGAGAAAUGGCCUCAGGGUUGGUGACCAGAUAAUACGGGUGAAUGGAUACCCGGUCGAGGAUGCCGUACACCAGGAGGUCGCUCUUUUGGCAAGGACGCAGCAAGUUCUCGUGUUGAAAAUUCGAAGCGUUGGGAUGAUACCGGUUAAAGACAAUCCAAACGACCCUGUCACGUGGCACAUGGUUCAACAACAAUGUGAGAACGGUUCAAGCAUCCUUCCGUUGAGUACAGAAAUCCGAGUGCGAGUUCUGGUUGGAUCUAAGGGGCGUCUCGGUUGCGGUGUUUGCAGAGGUCCCAGCCCAGGACUCACAGUACAGAAUACAAGGGAGGGAGGACCGGCACGAGCGGCAGGCUUGCGCCCGGGCGACGUUAUCGUGAAAUGCAACGGUCAUCGUCUCACGGAAUUGCCGUUUGAAAAAGCCGUCGAAGUGAUGCGAAGUUCGGGAGUUUUGGACCUCGUCGUAAAUCGGCCAACGUAUUACACACCGGAUCCAGGAGACACGAUUUUCCGCGGUUCCAGCGGAUACGAUUCCGGUAAUUCCAGCCUUUUGGAAUCGAGUCCUCUGCCGGCACCUCCUCCUCCUCAACAAGGACCCGUUCCCGGUCGUCACGUUUACCCCCAAAAUCAGGCACUCUGCAACGCGAGAAAUCCACAACGCCCCAGAACCACCGGAUCGAGAGAAGUCCAGUGGGCGGACAUAGACGGCAAAGGCGAGAGGACUUGCUGUCCUCUAGCUUCUUCCACGGACAGCUGCAGCUCUUCGGGCUCUUGGAGGCACAUGGAUCAGAUGGUGGAGUGGACUCGGAAACCAAACAACACGACGGUUAUCCACGUUAAUCAACGCCCGGGUGACCCUGCGCCUUACCUAGGAAGAGGUUCACACUCGGGGUACCGACCGGGCGAAGAUGAAGACGAAGAACCACUUUACGAUCCGGUUGCGGUAUCCCGAGGUGGUUACGAGUCGCAUUAUUUCGAGGCAGACGGUGACAUCGAGACUGGACGACAGGAUCUGACGGACAACGGAGGGAUUUGCAGCCCCCUUUACGACCCCGUAGCCAACGGAUAUCGAGACCCGAAGGAUGACCUUCGAGAAGGUGGCCGACUGGCGGAGAUGCAAUUUAUUCAAAAGCAAAAAGAAACGGAAACUAAAACAAUUACAACAGUCGAAGUACAUCACGCCAUUUGCCCUCCUCCGCCCCCCUGUAUGCCGCCGCCCGGCUCGUGCAAAUGGCCAGCAAGCCAAUAUUUCGAUUCAAAACCACCGAUGAGCGCCGUUGGAGUCCAAAUGGGAAGUACGAUGUCCAUGGGAAGCACAGGAUCAACCGAGACUGAAUCGAGCCUAGAAUCAUCAUGCGGGAAGGACUCCGUAUCCACUUCUUCCUCCUCGUCGACCUGCGAACCGGCGUCCUCCUCCUCCUCCUACGUUUCCGUUGCGACGAGGAAAAUUCUUGACGAUCAAGAACACUCUAAUGUCAUUCCACCGGCACCUGUUGCACCACCUUUACCAGCCGUGGCUGCUAACAUCGAUCUUAGUUCCGCGAUUGCACAGGAAUUGCAGAGGAGAGCUCAGAAAGCGAGGGCUUCUCAGGAUAAAUCGACAGCGCAAGAAGCACGGAAUCAACGAAUCGCAGAGCCGACGAAAACUUCACCAGCUCACGAGCAGAAGAUCACCCACGACAAGUUGAUGGAGGAAUUCAAACGCGCUUACCAAAGAAUGUUCAACUGCAAAAGAAACGGAGAUCCCAACGCUCCGGCGGAUUCCCCGGUAAUUCCCGCCAACGGGACGGUACCACCCGCCGAGACGCCAGAGCAGGAACGACCGACUCGAGCUUCGAACGGUAUUGUGCAGCGACGUCAGACUUCGGGAGCCCCGACGCCUCCACCGCCUCCGCCGAGGGGUGUAACUGCAGCAAGAACUAAAACAAAUACGGCAAGCGACGAUGCGGUCGAAAUGCAGAGCAUAGAAUCCUUCAAAUUAAAAGAACCGCAGAGUGUUCCCCCGCCGAAACCCCCAUCUACGUACUUUCCUUCGAUCCCACGGGAGGAACCAGCUCCAGGAAGAACCGGAAGUCCGAUUGGUUCGGCGGGAGGAAACGCGAAAAAACCACUACCUGUUCAGGUGCCAACCGUUCCGCUCAUCCCGAACGGGACGAAUGCAGGGGCGUCCGUAAAUAAUGCCGCCGGGAAGGGAAAAAUAGCGAUAAGGAUAGGCGCCUACUCAGGUGAGGCUAAGGCGCCAGCGAAAUUAGAUUUUCUAGGCAAUCAAUCGCCGACGACGACGUCAACGGCACCGACAACAACGACGCCUGCAUCGGCCAGAGGUGGCGAUCAGGCCAGGGAUUCUUCUGUCCCGGUCGCGUCUCGUCUUCAAAACGAGUUAGCGGCAACUUUGCAGAGGUCAAAUUUGAAGAAAAAGACUGACGAGGAUAACAACGUUGCUACAAAUAAAACGGUAACUGGCAACGCGGUGUCUCCGACAAGAGGUAUUCCACAGGCAACUGAAAAUCCAGCAAUUUUGACGCAAAAUAACGUCGAGAAAUUAGCAGCAGUUUUAAGCAACAAGGUAACAAUCAAGAUUAACACAACUGAGAAUAUCUCACGGCAAGAUUAGGAUACAUUCUCUUAAUACCUGCCCUAAAAUGUAUUUUAUUUGUAAAUUUUGCUAUACAUAUUUUAGGCUAUUAUAGGUAUAAUAUGUACAAUAAUUAUACCAAUAAUGAUUAUUAUGUAACGCAUUUACAGUUUUUUAUAUAGAUAUAUAUACGUUUUUGUAUUAUUUAUUGUUAGUUUUAUAAUAUUAUCGACCAAUGGAACAUAUGCGUAGGCAACUACAUCAUUGUCAUUACGACGAUGAUGUUAUUAUUAUUAGUAUAUCAACGUCAUUAUAAUUAUUAUAUUAAUUGUAGUUAUCGUUAUUAUUACUGCAUACUACUAUAUCAACAAUAUAAUUAUCAUUACUAUAAUUAUAGUUAUCAUCACUAUAUUGCGUGUGAACAUUUGGUGCAUCAUACCAUUUAACUAUCAUUAUACACAUUGGAGUAUUGCUAAUGAAGAAUCUGACCGAUCGACUUAAUAGACCGCUUUAGGUGUAAUUGUAUGUAUAAAUCAUUAAUUGGUAACAAAAAAAAAUAUAUAUCUAUAUAUAUACACA